UUUUGUGGCGUCCUGUUGGGGUAUGGAAGUACUCCCUGAAGUGUCCUCGAGCCGACGAGUGUGUGGGUAAAGGACAAAAUGUGCACCUAUAUAAGUCUGGCUAUCACCAUCGAGUACUAGUACUGGUACACGAUGCUUACUGAGGUCCUAUGCUGCGGACCAUGUACAAAGGCGGGUAGAAGUGGCGGAGGAGGAAAAGUGGGUCGGUGGCUUGCCUGGGACUCAGCAAUUUUAUCACAACUCAGCGAGGGACACCAAGCCAUAUUCCCAGCCAUCCUGACUAGCAAGCGUGGUGUGGAUAAGAAUGUUGUACGCUUUCUGAGAGACAGAACCGAAGGAAACACUAUGGUCAAGCUGUGACAGCAGAUACAGGAGAAUCACAUGGAGGAGUACCUUCAGUGGAAGGACCUGUACACCACACUCCUAAUGACUUUUGCGGAGCCCGGGGGUAUCGUCUCAGCCUUACGGCACACAUUCCAGGCGCCACUUCCUCCAAGAGAGCUUCCCUCUGCAUGGCUCUUGCGCCACGCUUUCCUGCUGGCAGAGGCCAGCAAUGUGAGGGAUUACCGAAGCCAGAUUCUGUCCACUUUUGGCACUGUGCUGAAAAUGGAUUCCACCAAAAAAGUGGUGAAAAAGCUGUCUGGGGAAGGUCAAAGCUCAGCAGAAUGGUUCACCAGUAUCGGAAAUGAGCACUCACAAAUAGUUACAUUUGUGCUGACCUGCGAGGAGUCCUUUGACAAGCUGCAGCCAAUGUGCCGUGGAGUCAUGGAGAGGUUUCACUUGGCCAAUCAGCCUGUUCCCAAAAUUUGUAUGUGGACCGUGGGUGUUGCCGUGCACAGGGACCAUCAGUAGUAGAGGCCUUGUUUCAGCCUUGGGUGGACAGUGGGAUGCUUGUGCGUCUGGACAUCUUUCACUGGAUCCACCGGUUUGAUGCAGCCAUCCGUACAGAGUCUCAUGCAAAGUACUCUGCAUUUAAGUCUGCAGUAGCUGGGGCGGUGCUGGCUUACAACCGCACAGACCUUGAGCUGCUUAUAAGGGCCGUCAGAGCAAAGAACCCAGUAAAAAUGCAGUCUGUGUCCGAUGAGGACGUUGUCCGCCUUUACAUUUCCAGGGAGCAGUUAAAACACCAUGUGCGCAGGGUCACACUUGGGGCUCAGGAAACGUUUCGGCUCAUCCAAUUGGUUAUCGAGGAGCUGAAAGGUCCAGCUGGGCUGGAUGAGAGUGGAGUGACUCUCUUCAAAACACCUGGGGCCAUUGAUGAGAUGUGGGCAGCACAGCAGCGACACCUGGAGUGCAUUCAGGACCCACCAGACAUGAGCAUGUAUAGGGUGGCUCAUACCACAACAAUAAACAACGUGGAUGUCCCCUAUUACAAGUGUCUGCGUGGAAGCAAUAGCCUGGAAGGGUUCCACAAAUUACUUCCUAACACGAUUCCAGGUCCCCACUGCGCAGCACGUCCCUAUCAGGUUUACCUGAUAAGUGGUAUUGCAAGGUGGAACUCUGACAGGAGCUCAGAUGCUGUAUUUGGUGGCAAAGGACGGCAUCACAGGAUUUACUCUGCACCGUUGAUCGAUCGCCUCAACACUCGCUGUCAGCAGCUCUUUGGAGAACCCGUAGAAGUAAACUUCCGUGGCCCUGCUGAUCUCACAUCAAAUGAAUUGUUCGGGCUGGAGUACUUGUUCAGCCAAAGCACUGGAGAGUCUGGAACUUUCUCUCUGGAGGGCAUCGUCAGUGAUGGACCUGGUCCUGAGGAGGAGGUGGUUCAGCCUGGGCAACCCGAACCAGAUGAUCGCGAUGAAGCAUACCAGAGUGACGAAGAGGCACGCGACACUGUAUUGGAUACUGUCCUUCCCCACAUUACACUCACCAAUGAUGAGACCUCCACAGUUCACCCUCCAGCCUUUGAAGAUGCCUGCAGUUCAAACCCCUUCCUGGAUUUGAAAAGCUGGAAAUGUUCUGCUCUGUGCUUGUGGAGAUUAGCCUGA